CCCUACACCAAGAGGUCAGUCGCAUGGGGUCACGAGUAGCGGUCCUGCAGGCGGCGAGGGCACAGAGCGACGGCGACGUGACCACCCUCACCCGCGCCCUCCACAACACUGCCUGGGAUCGCGCCAACCUCGAGAAGGACAAGAUGUCGCAGGACUUGUUUGUGGAGCGCCUAACUGCUGCGCUGGAAAGGGAGAAGGUAACGCUGAAAACCUUGAGGGAAGCCAUUCAGGAGGAGAAGGAAGUCACGAAGGCGCUCGACGCAAGAGCCAGACUGCAACAGGAAGAACUGGAGCAACUCGAGUCCGAGGCCGUGGGCGUGAAGAGAGCCUGGGAGGCCAAUGUCUUAGUGCUGCAAAAGCGCUCGGAAGACCACGCUGCUUCGUACCAGCACCUGGAGAAGCUCCUAGCCCAGCAGGCGGGUUUGAAGGCAGAGGUCUACAAUACAAGGAAGGUUGUGAGAGAAGAGCAGAUGAGACAUGAAAAGGAUUCUGCAAGACUAAUAGCGCAGGAACGUGACGUCACGAGGAGACGCGAACGGCUGGCUGUGCUACGGGAGGAGGCGCAGCAGAUGGCCGAACGACAUGAAGGCCUCCUGGCGAUUGUGGACCAACUGGAUCAACAAUAUCAGUUGCUGAAGAAGGAAGCGUCCGAAGAAGCCCGCCGUCUGGAGCGAGUGUACGGGCGCGUGAAGUCGGCGACCGAACGAUACCGCAAGAUGGAGGACCUCGCCCUCGAGAAGAUCGGCGAGCACACGGCGGCUUCGAAGGCGGCGCUGAACUUGAGGAAGCGCGUGAAGGAGGCGAGGGCGAAGUGCAGGAUGUUGGAGGAUGACCUUGUCGAGCGAGAGAAAUACGCAGCAGAUGCAGCUCUGAGGGCGUCUGAUGGCCGCGCUGCCGUUCUCGCUCUGACCUCGAGCCGCGACGAAGCCCAGCGUGUGGUGGACCAGCUCGAUGCUGACGUCUCAAGAUUUGAAAGCGACAUGAGAAGAGGUCAAGAGAAAAUCAGUGCCAACCAGUGUGCAAUUGAUCGACUCAACAAAGAACUUGCAAAAGUGAUUGAAAUUGCUGGGGGUAGCGAAGCCCCCCCGGCGGAGAGAGAAGAGCGACGCCUGAGACUCCUCCUUCAGGACAGGGAGACCGAGAGGAAAGUGCUUGAGGAGGAAGCCUUGACUGUUCAAAGGCAGUUACUCGAGGCGAGAGAGGCGAGGGAAGCUUUGGUUCAAAAGACCACGCGAUUGCAGCAAGAAUUGACAGUUCUUCGAGGUCGCCAGACACGGUUGGAAGGCACGGUGGAGCGAGAGAAGGGCGCGCUCCGAGAAGCCCAGAGAAGGCAGGAACGUCUCCUCAAGGCCAUAGCCACCUUGGACGCUCGCCUCCAUCAGGAGAAAACCGCGAGGGAAGCCGCCUCAAGGGAAUCCGAACAUACCGAGUCCGAUCUGCUCGCGAAACUGCAGGAACUGGAGCUGGAGGCCUCGCGGAGGGAGAGCGAGGAGGAGCAGCAGCGAAGGAAGAAGGAGCUGACGGAGGGGAAGCUCCUGGAGGCGACGCAGGAGAGGGCGGAGUGGGAGAAGAAGGUGGUGGAGAUGAGGGACGCCAAGGACACCCUCAGGAAGGAGGUCGGGACGGAGGCGACCUCCACGCCAUGAAGACGGAGAUCAACCGGAUGCAGGUGCGAUGGAGGAUGCUGGAGGCGACGCAGAAGGACCUGUCGGGGCGCCUGGAGCAGUGCGUGGCCGUCGAAGGCUCCCUCAAGUCCCGCACGGUGGCCACGGUCGAGAAACUCCGGCGGGAUCCCAACUCCG